AUGAAGUUCCUUCUCGUCCUUGCCGGUCUUGUCUUCAUCACUGUCCAGGGUACGUUAACCGUUUCAGUUAUAGAAAAGCUCAUGAUUUUUUCGACCUAUGUUACUUUGCAUGUCUAACUUAAGGAUUUCCUCCGUUUCUACCACCUCCGCCUCCUACGCCUCCUACGCCUCUUUUGCUUUUGGGAAUGCAUGUGAGGGAUUAAUGCAACGAGUAGUCAAUCAAAAUAACAACAAAGAUAAGGUGGAUUGUUCUAAGCUGUCAAAUGUUUCCUAAAACUUUGGAAAUGUAAAUAAAAUCCUUCCAGGUCAAGGCGAUACCUGCCCUGCCCUCAAGGAUCGUCUCCGUGUCAAGCCUGGCAAGCAAUUCUGCUGCGACUCGACCAUCAGAACCGUCGUUGAGACCGGAUUGAAGACUCUGGACCUGUUCGGAGCUGGAGGACCCCAAACUCUUGGACCAAUUGUUCAAGGCAUUUCGAGCUUUGUUCAGCGCCACUUCCAAGUGGCCUACGAGGUCAUCAUGGCUCCAAAGGACUUCCAGUUGAACACCAACUACAAUGGCACCAAGAUGUGCAAAUUUGAGUCCAACAACUACAUUCUCGCUGUUUAUGAGACUCCAGCUCAUGUUUGUGAUACUUUUUUGGGCUCUGUAACUUUUCUGUUUUUCAGUACGACAUCAACAGCAAAGCCGAGGCCUAUUUCUACAACUUUGCCGCCAACGACAAACUCCGUCUUCCGGCUGUCGCCUCGCACAUUAACGAGAGACUCAAUCAGGCCGCCAACAUCGCUGGAGUCGGAGGUCUCGGAGGAUCGGUCGGAGACAUCGGAGGAAACUUCUUCGGACGAAAAUAA